AGGAGGAAAAGAAAAGAAAAGAAAAAAAUAUACAAUUUUUAUUUUUUUUGCUCUCUUAUCUAAAAAAGCAAUGGAACCUAACGAAAGGCACCACCAGCAGCAGCAGCACCAUCACCAUCUCACUUCUCCUCCUCCUCCUUACUACCUUCCUUUCCACCACCACAAUCCCACCGCCGUCUCCGCCGCACCCUCCACCACCACCAACAACAAUGGCGAUUUCCCGCCGCCGCCUAACGACGGCUCUUCCUCCUCUCUACCGGUUUACCCUCACUCGGUGCCGUCUUCGGCCGUGACGGCUCCGAUUGAUCCGGUGAAGAGGAAGAGGGGUCGUCCGAGGAAGUACGAUACGCCUGCUCAAGCCUUGGCGGCUAAGAAAUUGGCGUCUUCUGCUAGCAAUUCAUCGGCUAGAGAGAGGAGGGAGCAAGCCGCCGCCGCUGCCGGCGGCGGCGUCUCGCCUCCGGUUAAAUCCGGGUCAAGGAAGGCCCUUUCUGGCUCUGUCGGUGGGAAAACUGGGCAAAGUUUUACUCCACAUAUUGUUAAUAUAACUCCUGGUGAGGAUGUGGCACAGAAAAUUACCAUUUUCGCUGAGCAGAGCAAGCAUGAGUUAUGCAUCCUUUCUGCAUCUGGCUCCAUCUCUAAUGCAUCUUUGUCUCACAUCGCCACAGGAACCAGUGUAUCUUAUCAGGGCCAGUACGAGAUCCUCUCACUGAGUGGAUCUUAUAUUCGGAGCGAACACGGUGGGAAAACUGGUGGCCUUAGCAUUUCUUUAUCUAGUUCAGAUGGACAGAUCAUCGGUGGUAGAGUUGGGGGACUCCUUAAGGCUGCUGGUCCUGUUCAGGUAAUUGUGGGUACGUUUCAGCUAGAGAAAAAGAAGGAUGUGAAAGGAGAUGAUGCUUCAGGAAGUGGAAGCUUGUUACCUUCUCCUUCUGGCACAGAAUCUUUGCAUGUCUACCAUCCAAGUAUGGAAUCUUCCGGAAGGAAUCUAAACAAUGAGCAUCAUAGUAUGCCUAGUGCCAGUGGUGGUGCAUUGGGUGGUGGAGCUCAUUUCAUGAUGCAACCACCUCAGGGCAUGCACAUGACACAUGCCCGGCCUUCUGAAUGGGGUGGUACUGGGUACGAUUUGUCAGGACUGAGAGGAAAUGGGUCAUCAGAAAAUGGGGAUUAUGAGUAAAAUGGCAGCUUAGUACAUUAGUUUCUGAAGAAGUGUGUAGAGGUUUAUGAUCUAAAGUGGAGUUGAGCAUGAGGUCAAUCAUAUCAUACAAUGUCCCAAGGAUAUUUUCAUUUGCAAUGGCAGAGAGAGAAAGGGAGAGGCAAAACCUAGACUGUGAUGCUUUUUGUUUUCUUGGUUCAGUGUAAUAUUUUGGGUAAACUUGACAUCUUUUUCUGGAUUCUGUUUCACUUCAUCCUUUUUUAUUUUAUUUUGUUUCUUUUUUUCAUAUAAUCAGGUUUUGGGGUUUAAGUUAUACUUGUUUAGUUCCUUUUCUUUCUCGUAUG